AUGGCGUCCUCCAAGGAUAAAUACGAGACCUUUCUUAUAAAUAAUGUCUCUACUAUCUCUACCUUAGAGUCAUCGCUUCGGUCUAUCACUUGGUUCUUGCCUGGCCGUUUUAAAGAUGCAGAGCUCGCGUCAGAAGCUUUGACUUCUCUGCUUAAUGUAACGAGCAUGUAUCACGACACAUUAUUGGCGCGCAUAGUCAAGGCCAAUGCUUCAUACCGCCCCCUUAUCCCCACAAGCCUACAUACCCGCUACACAAGAGCAUGGACUGACAAGAAUACGCUGUACAGGCUGACGUCUCGCGUCCUACAAAUAAUUCGCUUUACUGAGCUUGUGGUUGAAAUGGGCUUAAGACGAAAAGUUUCUGAGAAAACAAGGUGGCGCGCCGUCAUUCUUCUUGAGGCGAUCAAAGCAGCCUUACGACUAUUCCUGCUGAAAGUCACUCGCAGACCAUUGUUGUCACCACCAAUUCCCGAACGGGAGUUCGAUCCUGCAAGUUUGCCAUCUCUGAGCACUACUUCAUCGCCUACUCUGGCACCCUCGUCACCUCAAGCUUCACCACCAAUGACUCCAGACCACCUUCGCAACAACCACGUCCCUCUACCCCCACAUCCAUUACUUACAUCCGCUCAGGCAAAUGUUUCGGCUGAAGACUACUUACUUCCAAAAGCCUUGACUACAUCAUCAGUCAAGCCAUCCAUCUCUCUUAUGAGAAAGCUUUCGGGCCCUCGAGACUGGCUGUCGGAAACAAUAUUCAUUCUCCGUCCUCUGGUUUAUGCGUCGCUUGUGGCUGCCGACCGGAGGUCUUUAGAACGGUCAAACCGGGCUAUAACAAUAGUUUUACUAAUGGAAUUUGCUUCAAGGAGCCUCCGCAGAACACCACCAGCAUCGGCCGAGCUUGAACGAGCCGAAUACGCCAAAAGAGACAAAGAUAUACUCUGGUAUCUCCUUCGCGGAUCUAUUUGGAAUUCAUAUACUCGACCCAAACUCGAAUCCUUUGUUACUCGGACCGCACACACGCCUCUACUGGGACUAUUCGGUGCUUUACUGAAAGAUUGGAUGCCAUUGAUCGACGAUUAUUAUUAUUACACUGCUCCUUAG